CAGUCCGGCCGCCUGUAUUUCAAAGGAUAAAUAGAUAGCUACGCAAUUAGAUUUUUCCUCAGUUGUCAGCUGCCUUGAGAUAGAUUCAGCGUCUACUAUGGUUUCAAUUUGUCUAGCUUUUCAGCAAAAGGUCUCUGCGAAGUUAUUGAAUUUGCUGUGAAAUGACAUCACUUCUGUAACUGCACAUGAAAUUUGUUUGGAAAAAAAUACCGUGGUGAUAUAAAUCAUCUAAAACAUAUCGGAAAUUAGCACGUUAUUAUGUGUUUCUUAUCAGAACAGAUUAAAUGCUUAUUCACAGGAUUUCGAGGGCGUGAAGGAAUUAACACAAGUUGACUCCAAAGCGAUGAGAGAUAUCUAAUUAUAGUAAUACUUGAUGUCACUUGUCGGUCUCAAGGUUUAUAAAGGUGUAGAACAACAGAUACUCUGGCAAGGAUUGCGGAUGCAUGCCAGCACAUUUGCCUUUAUUUCUCUUUCAAAUUGAGAGAACUUCGAACAGUAACUCAUACAAUUCGGUCAAAGUGGAUGCCUGGAGUUUUACAUGAGGAUAAAUAUUCAGGCCUGAACAGAACAAGGUUUCUACACGUGACAAACCAAGUCGGAAUUUCGAACUGCUGGAAACCAUUAUGUAACGGGAAAAUUUGUGUUUUUUUCUGUAGAUACGUUUCGGAUCUUGGUAAUUUAUACAUGCAUUUCGUAGUUGAUUUGUGAUAUAAGGAUUUGGCGUACAUUUCGGAGUAAUUAUUGCAAUUUCGAUUUGUUCUUAUGUAAGAAUAAAGUGGUCAGUGUGGAAGUUUAUCAUAGCCAUAUGUGUCUUUUGAAGUUAGCGGGCUUUUCGACAUUGGUAUUAUUCCAGCCAUUCACGAUUUAAUGUACAACUGUAAACGCAAAUGGAAGAAAAUGUUUAAAAACUGCUGAAUUUCUGAUGAUACAUCAAACGUUGAUUUUUACGAAUGCAUAAAGUAUUGAACGUGAUACUUUGAUGUCAAGAAAUAAUUGCUUUCUUGCUUCGUUUCGAAGAGGAAUUUAGUAGUUAAUUUGGAAUCAUUAAAAGUCUCACAGAGUCUUGACAAAACUCUUUGGUGAAUAUUCACUGAAGAAAGUUUGAAAUCGAGCAAUAGACUAUUGCGCUUUUGAGUUACAGCCAGUUAGAUGUCAUAUACAUUUUAUAGAGCAAUCACUCUAAGGUAACAGAGUUUUCGAUGCUAGGACAAUCGUUCUAGCUUCACUUUAACAAUACUCAAAUUAUAUUCCUCAACUUGUGACGAAACUGCAUAUAGAGUAACUUGUUGGAUGUUGUUGACGCGUUGAAAUAAUUGUCUAUGGAGUUUAACAUGUUAUCAAACCGAGUCUAGAAAUACUGAAUACCACAAAGGUUAAACAGAAUCUUUGGAAUAUAGCAACAAAGUAUUGAAAUAAAACUUAUUGUUUAUGAAAUAUAAAAUGGAAUAUUUACCUACACAAUUUUAAGAUGUGAAUAAGGUGAAACUGCAACGUUACGUGUGACGAAAGAUAUAAUUAUGUAUAAGCAAAUGAAGAAACAAAGGAAAAAGAAACUGUUCUUGAAAGACUCUGUACAGGAUAGGAAAAUGGAUUCAAAACAGUUUAAAACAGCCACAGGGUCACCAAUAUUGUACACAAAAUUCAAAAAGAAUAAAGGAAUUUACUAUCCUUUGGCUAAGCAUCACAUAAGAAUUAAGCCAAGGCCUCAGCAUUCACAUAAGCAUGUUGCUGUAGUAAACUCAAGGACGUAUGGUAGGGAGGUGUAUACUAAUAUAGACAUUUGGCCAGAUGACAAUAUUGCUCGAGAAAGGUUGCUUGAAAAGUUAAAAGGAUUAUCAUUAUCAGACGAAGAUGAUGUUGGUGUAGACAUUCCUAAAGAAACAGCAAAAGCGGAAGAGAUAAAAGCUUACCAAAGCACUGAGGAUUCUUUACAAACAAAGACACCGGAUGAUAUUCGUCACGUGACCAUUACAGUAACCGACACGUCAGAGGAUGAAGACAGUCCAUCCUCUGGCGAUAAACAAAUACAUCCGGACCCUGAUCGGCCCAGAAGCCCACCAGAAGAUCAAGGGAACUGGCCCUUGAAACGAUCUCACAGUAUUGACAGUCGAGACAAUCCGUUUCUUCCUGGUGGAGAUCUCAGCAAAGAAGCAGACGACAUCUUGAAAAAAGCAACAAUUAUUCGUGAUACAUUUAUUCUUAAAGACGAAAUUAACGCUGCUAAAAGAGCACGUGAUCAAGAAGUUCGAAAAGCAGACGUUGACAAGACUGAGUCUGAAAAUCAGACGUCUGUUAAUCAGUCGCCUGUGAAUGAAUCUAUCACACAACAAACAGUUUCUAACACUGAAAACGCAGUGGUACAAAAUGCUUCACCAACAAAUACGAGACCUAAAGAAAAUGGACAAGUAGACACGGACAAUUCUUUAACGCCCGGAAGUGUUGCGGUAGAAAUUACAGACGACAAUAAAAAUAAAAAGAAACAACAGAAAUGCUGUAUAGUUAUGUAGCACAACUUGAGUAUCGGUGUAUAUUUAUUUAAAAGUUAUUUAUCAGAGCUUUCAUGAUGGGCAAGAGGUGUUCUUUCAAAUGUGCUAACCACGUGAUUUUAAGUGCCAGUCGCGUUACAAAAGAAGAAAUCUCGAGUGAAGAUAAUGUAACGUAUGAUUUUCAUCCUAGAAUAAAUGUAAAAGAGUCAUAUUUCAUAUCUCUUUGAUUAAGAAACCCAUGCUUAAAAUGCGGUGAAGGAUUUAAUUGGAAGAAACUGAAAUUGUUUGGGCUUUCAAAAUGGCGACUAGUUUCUGUUUUCGUUUGAAGACUUCUCUUUGCUUAGUUUCGAAUUCGGUGCCUUUUACCUGUAUGUCAAAGGUAUUAAUGAAAUCCACAAUUAUCAGAAUGUUAUAUAUACGCAAAAUAACAUUCCUACUUUUGAGAAGUGACAUGAAAGAGAUGUAGAGAAACGCAAUUCGCCAUCAAAAAGAGCUCUAACGGGAAAUAAGAAUUAGAUGGAAUAAAAGAUGGUCGUCUGGAUAAAAGUAGUUAAAAUGGCAUUUGACUUUAAUCAUAAACAUAUGGCGUUCAAAUGAACUGCUUUGUAAUAGAAAAUUCAGUCAUGGUGUAAUCGGUUUAGAAAUGCUAACUGUUACAUAUUUUCUGUAAAUGCUUUUGUCCACACAUGUCUGUGUUCGUAAUCCAUACUUUGAUGUUUGCUCAUUCACCAUUAAGGCAAAAAAUAAGUUUGUUUCUUCCCUUUACCAUGUUUACAUGUAAAUGCGAUUUUGGUAUUUCACAUUUCAUAACGUGUUUCGUCUUGAUCUAGAUUUUCAUUCAUUAUGACCAAUUAAAACGUUCGUUUCAUAAAGCAUCUAGCAUAACUCUGUGAUGCAUUGACCAUUUUAUUGCUUACAGUAUGUUAAGUCAAUUAUUAUUACGAAACUAUCUGUACUGAGAGUUACUUGAGAAAAAUACACUACAAUUGCGUCAUUGUUGAUUUGUGUGGAAAACACUCUGGAAUUUAUACCUGGAUAUAUCAUAUUUUGAACCGUUGCCAGGAUUGUUAAAAUCCGGUUUAACACCAAAGCCAUGGCACAAAACACAGCAAUACUAAUACACUGGCAGAGAAGAAAUGAUAAUGUUGGGCGAAGAAACUGACAUAAAACAGAUUACGAAGCAUUCCGUGUUUUAUGUUUAGCUUGUUAUUUAGCAGUUGUUAUUUUAUUGCAGCUAAAGUUAAACUGUUUAUGUCAUAUUUCAUCCAGCAUGAACAUUAAUCGGGCUAUUUUUGUAUGAAAUCUGAGAAAAUUCUGCUAUCUAAAGUGCUCAACUAUGUCUGACCAUGACGUUAAUUCAAAUGAAUGAAAAUAUCAUAAUGUUUCAGUCACAGAAAAAAACAAUACAACAGUAAGCCGAUAACUCUGAAACUAAUGAUUGAUCGGUCGAUAUUAAUGGUAACAUACAUGCAGGACAAGAAAGUACAUUUGUAUUUGUCAUUAGUCGAAUUGUAAUUAGCCAGAAAUUUUUAUUACACUUAACUUGUCAGAUAAAAGCAGAAAGCGACAGAUAUAUAAACUAAGAUUAGAAACGAUCAUUACAAUUUAGAAAGACAAAAAUACAAUUGUAUGUUUUAAUUCAGCGCAUAUAUGUGAUGCACUAGUGUGCUCAUUGUAAAGUCAAAACAUAGUUGAACACUUUAAACAAAGAAACAUUUUGUCACUUUAUCACCCUGUUAUUCUUACCAAUUUAACUCUCUGAAUAAGUACGUGUAAGAAUUGUACUUAGAUAAUUUCAGUUUUGUAUUUGUGAAUACUAGUAUACGAUUUGAAACAACAGUUCGCAUCUUGGUCAAAUAAUUAAACUAUUUACUUGCAUUUUAGUAAAACAUAACGUAUGAAUACUAGUCAUAGCAACGUUUGUUUAAAUAUCUAAUUUGCGUGCCAUUAAGUACAUACCACACAAUCUUACAAAAUGUAAUGUGUAACCUUUGGAUAACAUAUAUGAUAAAAGGCUUUUGACACGUAUUAAAUAAGUAAAUUUUUGAUGAUAGGUUCAUCACAAAGACGUACAAACACAUUAUAUGAAAUUAUUAAGUUUCUAUGCUACAAGUUCAUACAUAUCACAAAGGUUUGAAAGACUGGAGCACAAAACCAUGGCUACGUACGGGCAGUAUCGUACUGGAAGCUAUAUAUAUAUAUUUAAGGAAAUAUACUUCGAAACAAAAUUGUACCUAAGCAAACGUAAUGAAAAAUUACAAAAAGCAACGUUCAUAAGAAAUUUUUCAAAGUAAGUAUUGACUAUAACAUGCAGCUCAUUUCUCUAUGUUAAAAUUGUCAUUUUUGCGUUUUAUGUAUAUAUAAAAUGUUAUUUAUUUGUUAGCUUUUGAAAUUAAUUCAUCAUUAUAUAUAGGUACAAAGGUAUUAGCUACAUGUCAGUUGUUAUCAUUUUAUGAAGAAAACAAUCAAACAAAUACAAUUAAGUAUGAUGCAUAAUUAACAGACAUUUAUGCUUUUGGUCUUCAUUUGACUAUUUUUGCUACAAAAGCUUUUUCAAAUUAUUUCGGUCUGAAACGUAUUUAUAUUUUCAGCAGCUUCAAUAAGUUUCUGACAUUGUGCAUGCGUAAGACUUUUUGAAUUUUUCAAGGACAACAUUUGUUUUAUUGCAGACAAUAUCAUUGUCAGACUUUAAAGCACUUAUUGCAUUACAAAUGAUGAAUUGCUGUAACACAAAAACUAUGCUUCUCUUUACCAGUAAUCGACAUUCAUUUAUUUUUGCGAAGGGGUUGGUCAAAGUGUUCAUGGAUAAAAUGUUCAGUAAAAUAUAAGUUAUCCCUUUAGAGUGCUUGUGACGAUUAACUUCCAAUUUGUGAAUCAUGUCUCCCUAGACGAGGUCACAUACACUCGAAAUUUUCAAAGUACCUUUCUUAUUAAUGUAUGAUACCACGUUCAGCAAAUUUACCCCUCGAUAAAAUGAUGAGUGUCAUGUUGAUGUAUGGAAUUUAUUUUACAGCAUAUUGCUUUAAGCAUACAUGCAUUUGUAGUUCAUUUUAUGAACUUGAAGUUCUAUAAUCAAUUACUUUAUUCACAUUACGUGUUUCCUAAGACAUCGAUUGAUAUACUUGAAUAUUGCUUAUUAAUAUAUCAUUAAAAACAAUGAUCUGAUUUAAGUCUUGAUAUCGUUGAUCCGUCGGUAAUACAAGGAUUUCAGCUUGAGGCUAUAGAUUGUGAUAUCGACAGUAUGAAUUUUGAUGCCUUCGAAGUCCAAGAUAGAUACAUUUAAAGAUCAUGCCAUGUCAUGUAUGUUACUUCUUUGAGAAAAAUCUUCGUUUUGAUGGUCCAAAUUUGGAUCGUUAAAAUGUAAGUAAUGAUAAAUUCACUACAAUUUUGUCUUCGAACACCUUGAACAACCCUCUUAAACAUUUUGUGACCAAGUAUUCAAGAGUAUAAACCUCAUAUGUUAAUCAAGCCACUGAAACGCCAUUGUUCGCCAUUUUGAUGUUACAAAAUAUAAAUUUUUAUCAACAAAAUAAAAUCAGAUAAAUUCGGCUAAAAA